CCCUCCCACUAGCAGAAGAGUGACACGCCAUUCAAUAGCUGCCUGGCCCUUUGCUUGUAGGAAGCAGGAGCGUCCUCGCACAGACGGAUAAUAAUAAUAAUAAUAAUUAAUUAAUAAUAAUCUGAUAGAAAGCACUUCUGCGCUGCGUGUGGCACACAAAGUUUGAGGCGAGUCGACAUGGGGAACAUCCGAAAAAAGACUAACAAGAAUCCGCCGGUGCUGAGCCAUGAGUUUGUCAUCCAGAACCAUGCAGAUAUUGUUUCCUGUGUUGCUAUGGUGUUUCUUCUCGGGCUGAUGUUUGAGGUCACCUCAAAGUUUGCAGUGUUGUUCAUAACCGUCCAGUACAACGUCACCAUAUCAACAAACGGCCCAGAUGAGACAGCUGUGAACCACUUCCACCAUGGCAUCAAGGACUUGGCAACCGUCUUCUUCUACAUGCUGGUGGCCAUCAUCAUGCACGCCAUUAUCCAGGAGUAUGUGCUGGAUAAAAUCAACAGGAAGAAGCACUUCUCCAAAACUAAGCACAGCAAGUUCAACGAGUCGGGCCAACUUAGUGCCUUCUACUUAUUCUCCUUCGGUUGGGGCGCGAGCAUCCUGCUUUCUGAAAACUUCCUGUCCAAUCCAGUGACCCUGUGGGAGGGUUAUCCCCAUACACUGAUGCCAUUCCAGAUGAAAUUCUACUUUAUUUGUCAGCUGGGCUACUGGUUGCACGCUCUCCCAGAACUGUAUUUCCAAAAGACAAAGAAGGAGGAUAUUCCACGCCAGCUUGUGUACAUCUUCCUGUACCUGGUUCACAUUGCAGGCGCCUACAUUCUGAAUCUGAACCGUCUGGGUCUGGUCCUGCUCGUGUUGCACUACUUUGUCGAGCUCCUGUUCCACGUUUCCCGCCUGGUCUACUUCAGCAAUGAGAACAGACAAACAGGGUUCACCAUAUGGGCCGUCUUGUUUGUCCUUGGACGGCUGCUCACCCUGUCCCUGUCUGUCCUCACCGUGGGCUUUGGCCUUGCCACAGCUGAGAAUCAAGGCUUUGAUUUGGCUGCGGGAAACUUUAAUGUCAUUUUUGUUCGGAUAACUGUCCUGGCCGCCAUCUGCCUCACUCAGGCCUUCAUGAUGUGGAAAUUUAUCAACUUUCAGCUGCGCCGGUGGAGAGAGCAUGCCCAAGCUCAGACCUUGAAAAAGAAACAAGUUCCUUCCAAGAGCAAAUCAAAGAAAGACAAAGCCAAUGGAGUAAAUGGAGUGAACUCCCACGCAGCUGAUUCACCAAGAGCAAGAAAAGAGAAGUCAUCAUAAAUACAUUCCCCUCAGCCCCCUCUAUCACCCACUUCUCAAAGAACCAUCUUCCCUCCCCGUGCCUCCUUGGCUAUAUCCAACCAACACUUUCUCCAGCUCCUCCGCCAUGAUAUGCAUUUUCAGCUCCCACACAGGACUUGACCUCCCAGCUGAACUUCCAGGGCCAGAAUGCAUUUAGCUUUACUUGUCGCCAGUCGUCCAGCACGCCUUGAUUUACGAAAUCAUUGCUCUGCUGUGCCAUUUUUGAAUGAAAAAAAGAAAACAAAUUCAGAAAUAAACUAUAAAAAAAAAAACCUUUAUUUAAGAAGUGCCUAUUGAUACGGAUUGUUUUGUACAGGGUGUGUAAUUUUAAAAUUUCAGGAAUAAUGAUUUCAGUGUUUAAUGUUUCUCCCAAGUCAGGUCAUUUCAUGCUUUUUCCUAAAUACUGUGUAUUCCAGCCUGUGUUUUUAGUUCCCUUUUUUUUGUUUUUGCUUGUAUUUGUAACUGCUAGCCCGGCUCCUCUUCUUUGCCACUGACUCCUAUCCCUCUUUUGAGGGAUUUUUUUGUAAACAUUGUAUGGAGUUUCCUUAUGAUAUCUCUUAUUUUUCCAUGAGUGACAUACAAGUCUUGUUGAUAAUCUCCAUCUUUAGGAUAUGACUAGAUUCGCACCCCAGACUUGAAACUCACACAGCAAAACAAAAAUGUUAGAGUGUUUGCAGCAUGUCUAAAAGGAUGAAAAGAUGGAGUGCAAAGUAGAAUAUGACAAUUUUCAAUAUCCUCUUAUGGAUAGAUGGAUAUGGAAGAGUGUGUAAUAGCAAACAAUGACAAGAGGAGACAUCACUAGUGUUGUACGUAGAUUGACAGUUCAGUAUUGUGCAAAACUGCCCUGUGACCUGAUGUAGCAUUUAAUUGGAGUUCAGAGCAGCUUUGUAAUCAGAACAUGUUCCUUGCCAUGAAAUUAUAAUCUAUUACGGUUCUGCCUAUAAUACCGUCGAUGAAUGAACGGACUUUGUGUUUUUGAGUGUUAUGAGAUAACUUUAUAAGAGAUGGAAAAGGACAAAAUCAAGCAGUUCUUCUACAUUUGCUGUAUCUGUGGAGUGGUUUUACUUUAUUCAUUUGGCCUUGCAUAUUACUGCUUAGAUUAAAAAUGACCACAAGAUUUGUUGUAAAAGCACGGACUGAGAAUGAGAACCAUAUUUUGUAUGGCUGUCUGUCCACCCUCCCCCUCCUACCCAGUGUUGACUGUGCCAAAUGAGCCUGUUUGACUGUUGAUAUACUGUAUGCCUUUUACUUAACAUGCCAUAAAAAAGAUUUACAAAUCUAUGGAGUGCAGUUGUGGCACUCAGCUGUAUUGUAAGAAUCAAUCACCAAGGUAACACUGGCUUAUUCUGAAGAAUCAACCCAUUAACUAAUUUUAGGGACACAGAGGUGAGUCAUGGUUCGUCUCCUGGCGGUAUAUCAGCAGUGUAUGUGGUUUUCUCAACUUGUUCUGAGGGUUUAUAUAUCCUACGAAAGAAUAAAAUGAUUUAUUGAAAAAUA